GUCACAACGUACUGUACCUGGCUACGCCUUCACUCCUUAAAUAGUCAUGAAUGUGACUGAUGCGGGUGUGCGGCAGCUGUCGGCGCUGACGUGUCUGAGCCGCCUGGUGCUUCGGGACACGGUGGAGGUCAGCGGCGACACACUGGCGGUGCUGCUGCCCACGCUCAAGGAGCUGCAGGUCCUGGACAUCCAGCGCAACUGGUCCUUCAACAACGUGCAGCUAGCGCGCUGCCUGCCCGCGCUGGCCGCCGCCUCCAACCUGUGCUGCCUGGACCUGCGCGCCUCCUGGGUCACGGACGAGGGCGUGGCGGCGCUGGGCCGGCUGCCCGGGCUGCGGCGGCUGGCGCUGAGCCCGCAGCACGAGCACUGGGCAAAGUACCUGCACGUGCUGCCGGGGCUCACGGGCCUCACGGGGCUGGUGAUGGGGAACCUGCCCAGCGUCCCGUACCAGCUGGUGGAGGCCCUGGCUGCGCUGCCCAACCUGCGUGAGUUGGAUAUGUCUGAGCCGCCGCCGCCGCUGGAGGGCGCCGUGGGCUGGGCCGCCAGCGCUGUGGCCACCGCCACGGCCGUGUCCGCCAAGGAGCCGCUGCGGCCCUUCACAGUGGCGGCACUGGCACGGCUGAGCGCUCUGAGGCACCUUGACCUGUCCAGGCGCCACGUGCUUCCCGACCAGGCCCUGUUCCUGGCGGUGUGCAUGCCCUCCCUGGAGCGAAUCACGUUAGUGCAGUGCGGCUUGGCGCCCUCCGCCGUGGCGCGGCUGUGGCAGCAGCGGCCCUGCCUGGUCGUCAUUUCCUCGGCCAGCGCCGCAGCCUACAUGGGCGGCGGAGGAGGAGGAGGCGGCGUGUGUGGCGGGGAGGGGCUGGGCGGAGGCGGGGGCGCGGGAGAUGGAGGCAGCGGGGAGGGAGGUGUUGGGGGCGCGGGCGGUGGAAGUAAGGUGAUGGGGUACGGGCUAGCGCUGGCCGCGCCGGCGGGUGGUGGAGGUGGUGGUGGAGGCGGAGGCGGGGAGGGGCUGUUGUUGGAGGAGGUGGAGGCGGGUGCGGGUGCGGGCGCGUAGGCGUGUGCAUGUGUGUGGGGCUGUGGAGCCGCGGCUGCUACCGCGCACCAGCUUCCGGUUUAUGUGCGCUUUAGUUACAUCAAGUAUGGGGUUGGUCAUGGGUCGUGGGAGAAAGCGUUUGUACAUCUGAUCAUCCCUAACCCCAACCACCCGUUGUACGCUGCGGUGGGGGCGGCCCAGAGCCCCAGCCCGCUUUGCGUUUGCGAGUGUGCCGUUGCAGUGCAUGUCACGGCAGGGUCUGAGCCCGUAGCCCCGUAGGGUCCAAAGCUGCUGGUGAGGCCUUAUAUUAAUACCCAUCCUUUUUAGCGGCCGCUAUUGAAGGCUGUGAAGCUUCGUGUGGUACGGUAGUACUCCAUCGUGGUGCCCGCUGGAUCCGGCCAAGGUGCGUCGCGUCCGACAGUUUUGCGAGUGUUGUGUGGCGGUCAAAAGCAAGCUGGGUGUGUGGCCCUUUCGCUUGCGCACGGCCGCCGGGUGAUUCAUGUUUGCGCGCCACGUCGUGUGCCGGGUUUGGCAUUCGAGAGGUAAAUGCGCUUGUGUAGAGCUAAAGGCGUUGGUGGUGAAGCCCGUCCGGAACAAACCACGCCGCGCAUUUGCGGCCGAGCUUGGGUCGGCGGCGUGUGCUUUCGACGCUGUCUUCAUCUAGAUUGGGACAGGUGCGACGUCAACAAUGAUGAUUGCCGUGCUGUUUCAUCCAUGUGUUGUGUGGAAUAAUAAGACGGCCGGAGCGGCAGCGCGGCCGGGCACGUGUGCGGGCUGGGUCACGAAGGGGGACAAGCCGACAAGGCGGGUGACCAUGGUGCGUGCAGACGUGCAGUACGGCAGUUGCGCGGCUCACAGACUGACCUGGCAGAACGGUAUGGUAUCGUUGGCAGACUUAGUGUCCAUACCCAUGACACCUUGCAGACGUGGUUACUUGCAGGUGUGCGUUGCGUCAACGGUGUACACGAAAUGUGGUUAGGAAUGAAAAGGCGACGAGGUUGGCAGAAGGUGCUUGUAUGGGAUACGGUCCAGGCCAAAGCACCUGAGCAAAUACUAGUGUGCGCGCGUGGUGGUAGGCGGUAUCAGAUUGUCAGGGGGUCCCUGGUUCUCGCAUGAGUUGACCUGGGUCAAUUAGUGCGGCAGGAACAGCUGCUGCGUGCUUCCCGUGCUUUCAUGUUGCGGCUAUGCGAUAGGUGUGUUCGUUUGGGUGGUGCUGGCGGGUUCGUGCGGGCUGACUUGAAGCGCCGGCGUCUGGGCGGGACUGCAUCGCGGGGUGUCACUUGAACGAAUAAAAGUGAGGGCAUUGUAACAGGCCAUUGGCAGUAAGCGGCCAGCAGCAUAGGCGGAACCUCAUCAAGGCCUUGUGGUGCGCAACUAGUGUAAAUGCUCUACUGU